AUGGGAGUAUUCUCCUGCAUCUCCUCGUUCCCUCCUCCCCGAGUGACCAUGACAGAACAGCAGACCCAAACUGAAAAUUACCCUCGCCAGCUCCCUCGAGGAGGAAACCCUCGUGACGCUGUUCCGGAUCGGGAUUACUUACCAUCGCCCUGUGAGCUCAUAGACACCACCAACCUCGACUGGAAGGAGGCAGUCAUCCGGUGUCUGCUCCCUGCUCCGCAAUGGCUCCCUGAGUCCCCUGCUCCGCUAUGGCUUCCUGAUCCACCUGGAGUCUCUCCUUGUCUCCACCCUCUUCCAGUCCUGCACCAGCCUCCAGGGCGCCCUCCCCUCCUCCCCGAUGGAACUAUUACGGUGCAGGACGCGCCAUCCGGGAGGGGGGGUAAAGAAUCUAGACCUGAGAGAAGGAUUGUCCUUUUUGGGAAGACAGGCGUUGGCAAGAGCAGCGCUGGGAAUACAAUCCUUAGAAAGCAAAUAUUCAAGAGUAAAGCUUCACCUACAUCGAUGACUGCAGACUGUGUGAGUGGAAAUAGAAUGGCUUUUGGAAGAAAAAUCACUGUUAUUGAUACACCUGGAAUUUUUGACACGGUUGUUACAGAGGACGUCAUCAGAGCUGAAAUCAUUAAAUCCAUCACUGAAAUGGGUCCAAGUCCUGACAUGAUAGUAAUGAUUCUAAAGGUUUCAAGGUACACGAAACAAGAAAUGGAGAUUGUGGAUAUUAUGAAUUCAUAUUUUGAGCAGUGUGGUGAUAUCCUUAAACACAUUUCAGUUUUAUUCACUCACGGUGAAGAUCUAGAAGGUCAAACCAUUGAGGAAUUUGUGAAGGAGAGUCCAAAACUACAGCAGCUUGUUGAAAAAUGUGGAGGUCGCUGUCAUGUUAUUGACAACAAACACUGGAGAAAACGCUGGUGGGGUUACAGAAGCAACAGAGUUCGGGUGAAAAAGCUGUUGAGGACCUUCGAGAAGAAUCUGAAGGGAAGUGAGAAAGGCUGCUUUAACAAUGAGCUGCUUCAGAUGGUGGAGGAAGAAAUUCAAGAAGAGAUUGAAAAUAUAGAGGACAAUUUGCAUGCAGAAGAGAAAAAAGGAAAAGCUAAAGAAAAUGUUUAUAAAAAACUUCUCAUUAGGCUUGCCGGAGUGACCACAGGGACACUGAUCGGUGCUUUCCUGGGCAUCGGCAUUGCAGUGGCAGCUGUUGUGGCUUUACUCAAAGCAGCAAAGUUUGCAUCAGCGGUGAAAGCCAUUGGGGUGGAAGCGGCUGCAGGUGCCAGCAUCGGAGCAGCAGUGAGUUCAGGAAUUGCUGCCGGUGUUCUCGGAGCUGCGGCUCUCGCAGGAGGUGUUGGAGGAGGAAUCACUGGAUACAAAGUGGCAGAAGAAGCUGAUUCUGUGGAAGAUGCUAUAAUAAAGGCAGCAAGAGCAAGCUGUGAGAAUGCAAAAAACAUUGUUGAAAUGGCAGAACUCCCAUGCUUUUUAAACACAAUAGAUGACAUUUGUGAAUAA